CGCCCGCGAGCCAGCGCACGGCGCGUGCGCAUCCAUUUGGGCGCGUCCUCUGAGGGGUCCGAAGAAGAAGAAGCGGCGGCGGCCGGAUUAGUCAUGGGGGAGGGAAGAAAUUGGAAAGACACUCUCCUUGACCACGGCCCUCCAGGAAAUGCCAAAGAGAAGCAAGAACCAAAUUAUCCUGCUCCUUCCUCUAGCUUUGAAUGGAAACUGCUCUGCUGGAAACAGACAUCCUGCUGAUCUGACUCUCAACCAUUCUAGUCCUCAAGGAGCCCAAACGGCAAAGAACAUUUGAGCUCUUCCUCGCACGAGCCCAAUGGGACGAUUUUCCAGCAAGGUCUGGAAUUGGACCUCUGUUUUCUACUCCCUUCGUCGUUCCUGAUUUUUGCUCUUCUCCCUGACCCCAUUUAAAAAAAAAAAAAACUUUCUGACAUCCCAGUCCAGUUACUUCAUAGGGACUAGUCUCCUUCCAUCUGUCCUCCUCGCCUGAAUGGACAGGGAGACUUUUGCGCACGCCACUAAAUUUUUCCGUGAGUACAGCGGCUCGACCAGGGGUGCCGCCUGCCAGCCUCACGACCAUGUGGACUACAUUGAAAAGCCGGAGACGUUCAGCUACGCGGAUUUUUUCAAGGAUUACUUGAUCCCCAACGAUCCUUGCAUCUUCUCCGCCAAGUUCACGGAGGGCUGGGCCAGCCGGAGGAAGUGGGUCACGCCGGACGGGAAACCCAACUUGGAUUACCUCCUGCGGACGUUCGGCGAGGCUGUGGUCCCCGUGGCCAACUGUGAUGCCAAGGAGUACAAUUGUAACCCCAAGGAGCAUCUUAAACUCAAGGAGUACAUAAACUAUUGGAAGGAACACAUUAAAAAGAGCUAUCGCUCCGCCCGCGGCUGCCUUUAUCUCAAGGACUGGCAUUUGCAGAGGACAUUUCCAGAUCAGGAGGUCUACACCACGCCCAUCUAUUUCUCCUCUGAUUGGCUGAAUGAGUAUUGGGAAGCCAUCGCUGUGGAUGACUACCGGUUUGUCUACAUGGGACCUAAAGGCUCAUGGACGCCCUUCCACGCCGACGUCUUCCGCUCUUACAGCUGGUCAGCCAACAUUUGUGGCAAAAAGAAAUGGCUGGUCUUCCCCCCAGGCCAAGAAGAGUUUCUAAAAGACCGUCACGGCCACCUGCCAUUUGACAUCACGGCCCCCGAUUUGAAGAAUGACUCCCUGUAUCCCCGCUACGCUCAGAGCAGCCCGCCGGUCGAAAUCAUACAGGAAGCCGGUGAGAUAGUCUUCAUCCCGAGCGGUUGGCAUCAUCAGGUUUACAAUCUGGAAGAUACUAUCUCCAUCAACCACAACUGGGUGAACGGCUGCAACUUGGCCAUCAUGUGGAGCUUCCUCCAGGACGAACUCGCCGCCGUCCAGCGGGAGAUCAAAGAGUGGAAAGAGAGCAUGGAAGACUGGCACCUGCAAUGCCAGGUGCUGAUGAAGUCCUACACCGGCAUCGAUUACAAAGAGUUCUACAACUUCCUGAAGAUCAUCGGGGAAAAUCGCAUUUUUGUGCUGGAGCACCACCACUCCGAGGACGACGCCUCCAAGCGCUCCUCCCGGGCCGCCCUCUCCAGCCUGGGGAUGCUUCACGCCGUGUUCGACCUCAAAAGGACCGCAAAAGUCUUGGCCUCCCUGAAUGCCAACGAGGAAUUCAAGAAGCUCAACCCCGAAGCCCUCUCCCCUCCCCCGCAGGCCCUCCUGCUCCGGCUGAAGGCCGCCAUCGACACCGCCCUGCUCUGAGCCCCCCCCCCCUUUGCUAGUGAAGCACUUCCAGUCUGCAAGCAACCUUCCCUUGCCAGCUGGCUGCCUAUGAAUAUUUAUCUUCUUCUCUAUCUCUCUUUUUUCUUCUUCUUCGAUCACCCCUUUUUUAAAAGUUUCCAGCACGAAAAAAAAUCACUUUUUUUUGAAGAGGCUGACGUGCAAAAAGUAGCGGUAGAGAAUUUUUAGAGAAUUUAGAAGGUAAAGCUAAAGGAGUCCCUGUAGGUUGUACAGGUAGUCCUCGACUUAACGACUUAACAAUUGAGCCCAACAUUUCCGUUGCUAAGCAAGACAUUUGUUAAGUGAGCUUUGCCCCCUUUUGACGACCUUCCUUGCCACCGUUCUUAAGGGGAUCCCUGCAGUGGUUAAAUUGAGUCACCCGGUUGUUAAGUGAAUCUGGCUUCCCCCGUCGACUUUGCUUGUCCAAAGGUCGCAAAAUGAGGACUCAUAAAUAUGAGUCGAUUGCCAAGCGUCCGAAUUUGGAUUGCAUGGACACAGAGAUGCUGCAGCGGUUGUUAAGUGUGAAAAACGGCCAUAAGCCACUUGAACCGUCACUAAAUGAACUGUUGUAAGUCAAGGAUUAUCUGUGCUCCACUAGCUGACGUUAGGGGGUGAACUAAAGAAUUUAAGAGAGUAGGAAAUUUUGCUGAAAAGUCAUAGGAUUGCAAUACUACUGGUUAUUUAAUUUAAUUCUGGCCGAAUCAAACUCGAUAGAACUUAAUUCUGAAUCAUUUUCUCUCUCUCUCUCUCUCUCUCUCUCUCUCUCUCUCUCUCUCUGUUUUCUGAGGUUUUCAUGGGUGUUUGUAUGUAGUUCUUUGGUUAUUCAGGUUUUCUCCUGCGUAAAAUUGGA